GUCUUCAUUCUGCAUCAACUACAGCCAGUCUCAAAACUGAGACUGAAGUGGACACGAGUGAAAAUGAGGUUGUUGCCCCAGACUUCACUAACAGGAAUCCUCGGAACUUAGAGCAGUUGGCACUGGCUAGGAAGGAGCGUGGCUGGAAGACAACGUGGCCAAAGCGUGAAUUCUGGCAUAGAUUGCGGCUUGAGCGGACACAGCAUUACGUAGAAGCCUUUGUUGAGCGCUGUAAUGGGGAUGUUGUGGUAUCUGCCUCUACCCGAGAGUGGGCCAUAAAGAGACACCUGUACAGUCCCAAGGGAGUAACAGCAUGCAAAAACCUUGGCCGCGUAAUGGCACAGCGCUGUUUGGAAGCAGGAAUUAACUUUGUGAACUUUAAAGCUGUUAUCCCCUGGGAAUAUCGUUGUGACUCGAUUCAGGAAUUCGAAAAAGCUAUGGAGGAAGGUGGUGUCGUUCUGCGUGAGCCACGAAGGAUCUAUAAGUAA